AGUGAAAGCCGCCGCGCCCGCUCAAAUGGCCGCCUCUCGCGAGAAUCAACGCUCCAAAUCCCGCGAACGCUGAGCCUCGUCCGAUAAAAAUGUGGUCAUCGAGAAUGUGUCACGCCAUCGACGAGGCUGCAUUCCGCGCUGACGCUUCGCAUCGCACCCGAAAGCCGUUGCAUCCUUCCCUCUACGAUGCCAUCGACACUCUGCCUUUUUCCACUCCACGCCUUGCCUGGUCAUUUGCCACAUGCCACAAAUACGACGCAGCAAGACGCCUUGUGUCGACGGCGUAAGAAGCGUGUCUGGACCGUGCCGUGUCAACUGCGAACACUCCUGGCCUCUGCACCGCCCGCACGUUGAGUCACUUGACCGGCAGAGCAGGUCGAAGAUGCCUUAUGCCGGCCUCAAUUGUCGCCUUUGUAUUCUCGGAAUCCCUACGGGUCUGACGUACGUUAACUUUCUGAAUAGUAGUUCGCACCUCCAUGUGCUACCUGCGUUUUCGUCUCUCCGCAGCCGACGCCGUGCCACCCUCUGCCGAAAUCACAUCAUUGGGCACGAGUGCAGGGCAGUUCGCCGUCAUCAUCCCGCGAGGACAUGCCCUUCGUGGCGCGGGUCUUCGUCAACUAGCAGCCUUAUGUGCCGCUGCCCUCUGCAGCCCUACGAUGCGGCUCUUCCAUUGUGCCGAAGUGUGGUCCUCACGAGGUCUAUGCGCCCUACUUCUCCCGGCGUGCUCCUCUCACAAUAGAUCAUAUGAUGGAAAGAUAGUUCACUGUCGACCACGCGCCCUGCCAUUUGUGACGACGACGACGCCUAGGGCGAGCGAACAGGAAGCUGUGCGAGCAAAUCGUCGUGUGAUUGAGCCCUGCUCGCCAGCAUGACCACACGGGAGAACGCCCCACGAGGCUCCCUCGGAUGCUCGUUGUUCGAGCGAGGCCGUCCGAACGGCGUAUAUAAGGUCUUUUGUGCUCUGGCAAGUGAGUGUCACGUUCC